UGGCCCAGCAGCGACUGAAUAGCGUCCUUGCACUUUAGCACUGCCAUCCGCUCAACUUCCUCAGCAUCAUUUCAUUUUUCUCUGCUGCUUGAGCUUCGCAGCAUAUGAACACAUUAGUCUCACUGUCUGCUGUCUGCAGCGGAUGCACGAUCGUCCUUCGCAUUUUCGACAGCUGGAUAAAGGCGUAUCUGUGAUUUUUUCCCAUUGUUUUUAAGGAUAAUUCCAAGAAAAAGAACAGCUUGUGCCCAAGACGGGUUUGGGCUGCCCAUAGAUACAUCACCGAGGUUUAGGUUGAUCACUAACAUAUCAAGUUACAGUCAUGGAUGAGAUGGACUUGCCCCAGAUGAAGAAGGAGGUAGAAAGUCUCAAGUAUCAGCUGGCUUUCAAAAGAGAGAAAUCCUCAAAGACAGUGACAGACCUGGUGAAGUGGAUCGAGGAAUGUGUGCCUGAAGAUCCUUUCCUCAACCCUGAGCUGAUGAAGAACAACCCAUGGGUGGAGAAGGGCAAGUGUGUGCUCCUAUAAAAGAGAAGCAACAGCAGCAGUCGGCCCAGCCCACGUCUGAGCCUUCACCAGCCUGACUGGAUCACAUAGCGCUUGCUCUCUCUGUUUCAUUCCCUCACCAUGAAUGUACAGUAAAAUAAGACCACAUACACACGCCAUGACCUCUAUAUAGUCACUGAAAGGAUUGGACACGUUGCCAUGCAUUCCUAUUCUACUUAUACCAUCAAUAUAUCUUUAUAAGCAGUUAGUGGAAUUUAUUUUGCUUAUUUGACUUUGUGGUGCCGCUUGCGCGCUUCAGAUCUUCAGUUCAAGCAUAGUGUCGACAUGUAAAUGCCAGAAAAGGCCUGUUAGAUGACAGACUGCAUGACAGGAGAGAAAAGAACACAGCAUGCCCCAAAAAGUGUUUACAGCUGAUAUUUCGUGGCACCAGAAAGGCAGGGGUUGUACAUUUCCCUCUGUUAUGCAGCCAGUUCAUUUGCCCUGCAGGCCUAUACACUAUUUAUACCACACUCAGCACUCUCACUUACAGACCAUUUUUAAACAUGUACAGUUCUUUUAAUUUAUUAAAUUAUUUAUGAGCAUUAAUUUAUUAAUUUAAUACAGGAGUUGUCAGCGCUGGCUGCUUUAGAAGCUAGAAUGGACCUGCUGUUAUUUAACUACACCCAUUUCUUGAAACCAAACAGAAAAACCGCAUCUCGCCAGUUCACCAUUGAAUACUGCCUUGAACACAAUUUCCUUAAAAAGAAUGUAUGUGUCUUAAGGAAUUAGUUAACCAUCAGUACCCGUAACCAUUGAAUGGAUAUGCAAACAGAGAGAUGUGCACUGGCCAAGGCUUUUUCUUAGAUUCAUAGCUUAAUCUGCACUUACAGUAUGUGGAGAGGCAAGGAAGUGGGGUUUAUUUAUGACUUUUGGUUUUGUUUGUGUUUUUAUAUAUUUAAACAAUAGAAACCUGUCUAAUUAUCUAGAGGUGUGUUACAUGAAUGCAUUGAGAAAAUAUGCAUAAGAUCAAGUACUAGUUUAAUAAAGCAAUAAGUGAUUUUUUUAUUGAAUGUUUUACAAAAACAACAUCUUAUUGAAUAAAGUAGAGGAUUUUUAGA